AUGCCCACCAGCGGUAACAACAUCUCUCCUCCAAAUCUCGAAACUUCAAUAAACGACAAGAAGAGAAAGUACGAGGAUGUUGGGGACUACGCUGCCGAUGUACUCCUACCAGACACAUUCACUGCGUCUCUUCGGUCAAAAUCACAAAUCGUGACAUUCACUCCUGUCACUUUAGUCGCAAGAGCCUGCCUUCCUCUAGCAUGGCUUAAUACAUCUGCACCUCCCUCAGGAUCAUCACCAUUCGUCUUUGAAGCGACAAUUCAAUCUGUGCAAGAAUGGGAACAAAGAGUACUGUUAGCAAGAUGCUUACCGUAUGGCGGACUACAUGCAAUCGAAAGAGUCGGGAAUGAAACUUUUGUCUCGUGUCCUUUGCACCAUUGGGUGUCUGAGGAAUGGUGCAAGAAUGCUGCCAUAGGCAUUGUCCCUGAUGUCGAUCCCAAUCUUCUGUCCAACCCGAGACCAGCAUCUUCUCACGCAAGGACCUGGUCUGCUUCCAGUGUCAAUGCAUUACCUACACCAAAGAGUCCAAAGAGGCCCAAAAAUAAACGUGGGGCUUUGGCUAGGAAAUCUAUUCUCAUGCCAAAAGAUCUAGUCAGCCAUGAUUUGACUUCUGAGAUGUCAAGCUCCCCAAGUUUGCUCCCACAACAACUUCCGACCUCUGAGAUUCCACUGCAAUCCUUACCAAUCACCCCUGUGCCACAGAUCAAACCAGAGAACCCAUUCGAAGCCGCUAUACCACUGCAGAUGGAGAAUGUACCCCCAGUAACGAUUGCAGAGGCACUGAUUUCGACACCACUUGAUGAAGAAAUUUCCUACGAGCGACUCCGAAAUCAAUAUUUGGACCAUUUAUAUACUUCGAAGACCUCUCUCGCUUUCUACGUCAAAGGUCCUCUCAGCCGUGCUCGUGCCCAUGUUCGUACAGCCAAAGACUCGGCUGCCUCUAUUAUCGAACUCACCAACCACUACAGAGAAAGCGUCUUGCCAACUACGAAGAUCGAUCUCAAAUAUAAGGAGUCCUUGUCCAAGGUGGUGAACGCCAUCUCCACUGACGAGGGUAAUGAAGAGCCUCAAAAGAAGAAGAGUGGCAAGAAACGAAGCAAGCUUGGUAAGGAUUCGCUUUGGCCAGAUGAGAAAGAUUUUAUCCGAAAGUGGUGGGGUGGCCGAGAAGUAAAAGCAGGACUACCUUCUGCGAGUGGUCAUGAGGAAGAGCUGCGCAAGUGGACCGCCGAACUUCGCACACGCGAGACAAAGAUGCAACUGUUGCUCAUUCUGGAAGUUAUGCUACUAGAAAUGGCUUCUGCACGGCUGUCAGAGACACCAACUCCGCUGGAUCCUGAGUUCAAACUUGAAUCUGUUGAAGUCGACCCCAAUUCCAUCAUCGCGAAGACACCGAGCAAAGCAACCAAAAAAAAACGAGAUUUGCCCAGUGAGCUAGAUACUAUGGUAGAUCGACUUUGCAUCUGGCAUACCCUCAGUUUUGAAGACUUUGCGGGCGACACCAAGAAAGAGGCCAGCUCAAAGGCUAAAACUAAUGACACACUCCGAGAUUUUUGCAAAGACGUGUUGGUCCCUUUCUAUUCAGUCAAGUUGCCUGAUCAAAUCAAGUCACUCUCUCGGAAGCUUGGUGGUUCGGGAAUUUCUCCCCAGAGACCCAAGCUUCAUGCGCGAUCAUCACAACUUUCCCGCUCAAAAUCAGUCUCUGGUUCCGCCACACGGGCUUUCCCGGGUAAGCCAGUUGCAAAACGUACACUUGAACGUGUUCUCAGUGAAGACCAAACCAAUCGCCAUGCCUCACCUCCGAUACUUUCCCGUGCGUCGACUGGCCCGAUGAAGCCUAUCAUCCCUUCCUUGAAGCGAGAGCGAUCAGAGAGACCCGAUUCGCGUAACGGUAUGCUGUCCAGAGCAGUCAGCUUCAGCAAUCGUGAGGUUGACUUGGUCGCGGACUCAAGGGCUCAUGAGGUCAAGCGAAGGAAGCUGGACCGAUUAGCAGAACAAAAACGAGAACUCGAUGCUGCUAUAGCAGCACUCAAGAAGCCAAAUCGAGGUACCGUGGCUGGUGCGUUCAUGGACGAGAUUGAGCAACGUAAAGCUCAAGUAACCUCCCAAUCAGUGCAGAUCGCAGCAACACCUCGAACGCGAAGGAUACGAGACCAAGAGCCAUUUGAACCCGAACUACCCCUAAUGCCCUCAACGAUGACAGUUCGAUCACAAGAGACAAUGAUUCCCUCCUCGUCAAUUAAACCUCGCUUUGGUAUUCCAUCCUCAAGCCACAUCCCUCGUUCAUCAGCAAUGAAGCGUGCAGUUCUAACAGCAAUCCACGAGACGCCAUCCCGAGGAUUGGAAAGAAAAACAUCCAAUCCCCUGGCUUUGUGCCAACACCCCCAGUCCAGUGAGACUGGUGAUCAGGUAGAUGGUACCAUGGGCAUCAUAGCAGCAACACCAGCCCAGUCUCGAAUACAAUCCAGGCCCGGGAGAUUCGAACUUCUAAACAGCAGCAAAGACCGGCUGACACCCCACCCCUCAUCCGACCUAAAUCUUCCAUCCUCACGUACACAGAGUCCGGGCCGCAGCGGGCCACACAUGUCCCGCUCCCUACGACCAGUCCUGUUCACCCCGAUCAGGCGCUCCGAGGUGCGUAUCGAAGACGCAUUUCGUGAUGCACCGGAGAUACCGGCACAAGCGGGCAAAAUGAUGGAUCGUGUCAUGGGUGGACGCGGAGUCGAGGCCGAUCUCGGUCUCGAUAUUGAUAUGACUCUGGGACUAGACCGCAAGGCAGGCGCUAGGCUUUCUUCUUCAUCACAGGAUGAUCAAAGUGAGAGCCCGCUCGUGGCGAGUAGAGUGGAUGAACAUGGUGGCGGCAGCGUACCUAAACCGAAUCAGAUCCCGAUCCUUGAUAGUGAUGACAUAUAUGCGCAGCUCGGAUGGGACGAUGAUUUCGAUAUUUGA